AUGGCGUUCUUCCAGGACUUUGCAGAGCCGCCGGGCGGGGCGGUGCACUUCUCCUCCACGGACCAGUACGUGCGCCGACCGGACGCGGCCAUCAGGCCCAGGAACUGUCUCGGUCACGCGUCCCAGGGGCCACUGGCCGCGCGGGCUGCCGUUCUCCACGAUGAGGACGAGAUCCCCCACUGCCAGGAUGCGACUUUCCGAUCUCCACUUCGUCAGAACAGUGUGCAGUACUUCCUCGGAGACAAGCAGCCGCCCGAGGACAGCUCUCAGCGCGCGUUUGACAGUCCCCAUCAUCCGUUCCCAGGCGCCGCCCAUAUCACAGGCAGCCGGCGGGCCCGCGUAGAGGUCAACGGCGCGCACAGCAGCGAGCGCGUGUUCCGCGCGGGCCUGCCGCAGGGCUCGGUCCUGGCACCGACCAUCUACACGCUCUGGGCGGCGGACCUAAUCGAGACCCUGCGGGACGCCUCGGACCGCACGGACGUCCUGAUGUAUGCGGACGACACGGCCACACUGAGCGCUGGAGCCACCGUAGAGCUCGCGGUGGCUCGCGCCCAGAAGUCGGCCGACGCCCUGGCCCGAUGGGCAAGGCACUGGAAGAUGUCCAUCGUCGGACAGAAGACCCAGGCGCUGCUGCUGACUCAGCGGAGCAGGGACGAGCGCGGCGUGCAACUCCUGGUGAACGGCACGCAGGUCACCGGUGGCACCAGCCUACAUCUUCUGGGGGUGACCUUCGACAGACUUCUACACUUUAAAGACCACUGCGACUCUCUGCGGCGGAAGGUCCGGCCGCGGACGGCACAGCUGCGGAGGAUGACCGGCCGGACCUGGGGUCUCCGCGAGGCGCAGCUCAGGACAGUCGCGAACGGGUAUGUCCGGGGAGCCCUUGAAUACGCAGCGGGUGCCUGGCUCCCGGCCGCGUCCCCGUCACACGUUCAGCUGGUGGAGCGCGAGCUGCUGGCGGCCGCCCGGGUGGUGACCGGAUGCCCACGGUCCACCCCCAGGGAUCCCCUGCUGGCCGAGGCAGGCAUCCCUUCAGCAUGGUCCACCAGGAAGACGCUGGCCGCGCGAACGCUCUGCCGAGCACUCGCCCUGCCGGAGGACGACCCUCUUCGCCGCGUCGCGGAGGCCGACCCACCCACUCAACUGCGGUCUACCACCGGCUGGCGACAACUGGGGCGAUCGGCGCUGAUCGAGGCGGGCGCCGAGGGAGUGACGGUGGAGCCACGCCUCGAGGUUCCCCUCCUCCCGUGGACAACCUGCCGCCCGAUCGCCUUCAAUCUGGACGUGGGACCCGGCGGUCGCCGAGCCUCCUCCAACGAGACGCGACGAGAGGCCGCACGGCAGCACCUGGCGGCGCUCCCAGCCCAGGCCACGUGGAUUUGGUCCGACGGCUCUGCGGACGCUGGGGUCAGGCGAGGAGGGGGCGGCGCCAUCAUCUUUACCGCGUCGGGGGAGACUCUCAAGGUUGAGGUGGCGGCGGGAGACCUCUGCUCCAGCACCCGUGCGGAGCUGUUCGCCCUGAGGGCGGCGCUGGAGCGGGUCCGGGAUGAGCCGUCCCCCGCCCCGCUGGUGGCGUGCUCUGACUCACGAGCCGCCCUGAGCCUCCUCAGCGCGGGAGCGGCCGCCCAGACCUCCACUAUCGGCGCGGCGAUCUGGAGGACGCUGCUGGACAUUGCCGAGCGCCGGCAGGUGACCCUGCAGUGGGUCCCUGCUCACUGCGGGCUGGCGGAGAACGAGCGCGCUGACGCCCUGGCCAAGCAAGCGGCCACCCUGCCCCAGGGCGCCGUGCCCUCGGACGCUCGUGCCCCGAUAAGCGGCGCCGUGUGCCGGGAAGAGGCGGACGUGCCGGAGCACGUGUUGCUCCGCUGCCCGGCCCUCGCUGGCGCCCGCCUGCGGCUAACUGGCAGCAUUCACGUCGGCCCGUCGCGGCUGCGGGACGCCGACCUGGUGGCUGCCUUGGAGGCCGGCUACCUUCGCCAUAGGGAGCCUCUCGGCUAUGGUCCUCCGUAA